GCUUUAAGAUUCUAAAAAUGAAAGCUCAUUUUUUUCUCUUUAAGAGGAAGUGAUAUAUUUUUAUUACAUGCAUGGGAUUGAAGGAGUAUGUUAUUUAAUAGUAGAGCAUUGGACUAGAGAUUGGGAAUUACUGCUUCUGGUCUUGAUGCUGCCAGUAACUGAAUGUUACUCAGGGUCUCUUUUUUUUUUCAAGUGUAAAUUGAGUCAGUCUUAGAGGGAUUUUCCUAGGAUGUAUCUCAGCUUCGCACAUGAGUUUCAGCAACAUACCCAGUGGCUGUCAGUUGUUGGAAAGAUGCAGCUGGCCCUGGCAUUUUCAAAUAGAAAGUCUUCGUGUCUUCCCAGAAGGGAGUUGUAGUUUUUUCCUUCAAAGAGCACGCACAGCAUUUGAUCUGUAGCCUUUCUGUUUUCCAUCUCACUUCCAUUCUGGUUUGGGCCCUGAGAUAUAAGUAACAGUUCAGGUAUAGGCUAUUUAGUUUAUUGAUGUAUCACAGGGCCUUGAUUAGUACCUGGCCUGGGAGACAUCUGUUGAAUGAAUGACUUAGUAUAUAGGAGCUUGCAGUCUAGUGGAAAGGCAGAAAGUUGAAUGUGGAAAGGCUAAUACCUGUUCUUUCAUUGAGACUGUAUUGGAAGUUUGAGAAAGGAACAGUGGGUACAAGGAAUGGUAGCUUUAGGUAGGCAGGGUUGGGAUGGAGUGGACAACUGGUUUGGUCAGUGAAGGCUUGGAUGUUUAGAGUGGGUCUUGAAAGGUGACUCCCUCCCAAGGGGCCAGGAGAGAAGGCAAUGUAGGCAUGUGCAAAGGCAAGGAGAUGGGUGUAGAACAGGAUAUGAAAUAUUAAGGAAAAAAACCUAGAAUUUGAGGUUGGAGAGUUUGGCCAUCACCAAAUGAUGAAGUCUUGAAUGCUGUACAAAGAAUUUGAAUUUUUCUGUAAACAGACAGUAGCUAUUGAAGAAUUUGAAGUAGAGAGUUACCAUUAUCACAUUUGCAUUUUAGGCGGAUGGUAGCAGGAAUUAGGGCAGGAGAAAUGGGAUGAGAGAAGAGAGGAAUUUAUUAAAUAUUUAGGGGUUGAUGAAGUCAUGGCUAAGAAUGAGAGAGAAAGAAGAGUUGAGAACAAGCCCUAUGUUCGAAUUUAGGAAGCUGGGUGUUUGUGGUGUCAUUAAUGAGGUAAGGAAGGCAGGAGAAAGAAGAGAUUUGUGGCAAACGUGAGUUCAAUUUUGGACACUGGGUGUGAGGUGCUUCUGGAUUGCCGGAAGGAAGUUUUCAUUAGACAGUUCAGUGUGGAGACCGGGCUUCUGGGAUAUAGGUCUCAAGCUCGAGCGAAUGCAUUUAUUAAUGGAAUUUAUUAGUUUAUCAACAGCAGUUAGAAAUCAAGAGAUUGGAUGAGAGUACCAGUACAAGAGCACAUAGAAUAAGAAGAGAAUAAGGGCAAAAGACAGAAUGUUGGGCCCUUCAGCAUUGAAGUGUAGGCAGGAGAGGGGAAGCUGCAAAAGAGAUAAGAUGUGGCCAGAGUUGUCGGAGAACCAGGACAGCAGGAUGUCAGAAAAGCCAAGGGAGGACUUUCCAGAAGAGGGGAAUGGCCAGAGGUGUUAGAUGUUAAAGCUUUCGGAAAAUGUGAUUGAUCGAAUGAAGGAAUCCUCUCCAUCUGGUUCGAAGUCUCAGCGGUAUUCUGGUGCUUAUGGUGCCUCAGUUUCUGAUGAAGAAUUGAAAAGAAGAGUAGCUGAGGAACUGGCAUUGGAGCAAGCCAAGAAAGAAUCUGAAGAUCAGAAACGACUAAAGCAAGCCAAAGAGCUGGACCGAGAGAGGGCUGCUGCCAAUGAGCAGUUAACCAGAGCCAUCCUUCGGGAGAGGAUAUCAAGCGAGGAGGAACGCGCUAAGGCAAAGCACCUGGAUAUUGAAGACAAAGCUAGGCAGCUGGAAGAGAAAGACCGAGUGCUAAAGAAGCAGGAUGCAUUCUACAAAGAACAGCUGGCUAGACUGGAGGAGAGGAGCUCGGAAUUCUACAAAGUCACCACUGAACAGUAUCAGAAAGCUGCUGAAGAGGUGGAAGCAAAGUUCAAGCGGUAUGAGUCUCAUCCAGUCUGUGCUGAUCUGCAGGCCAAAAUUCUUCAGUGUUACCGUGAGAACACCCACCAGACCCUCAAAUGCUCCUCUCUGGCCACCCAGUAUAUGCACUGUGUCAAUCAUGCCAAACAGAGCAUGCUUGAGAAGGGAGGAUAAAAACUUUCAGAACGAGCAAAACACCAUCAACGUUAAUUCCAGAGAUGGAACAUUUUUUUUCCUAGUAAGAAAAUAACCCAUUUGAAGAGAAGACCACUAAUGAGAAGACCACUAAAGAGAGACACCAAGAAUGGAUUCAGCAGAAUCAUUUCACAUUUUGAACAGGAGCAGUUUGAAGGGCCAAAGCCGUGAUCAGGGAUCAGUCAUUAAAGGACGCACUUCAGUAUUAGUAAACCCUCUUAUGAUGAUUAAAAGAGAAGGGCAGCCCUCUCCACCAUUUGGUACUUUCUAUUCAACUUCCACUGACCAUAAAAUGUUUCUCUUCUGAGCUAGCCCCAUCAUGUGGUGAACCUGCACCCUAACAAAGUAGGAUGGGGUGGGGGGCUAAAUUAAUUGGAGUUAGGUGAGGAGAGAGAGAGAAAACAGAUCUGGAGGCCGCAGUGCUGGGUGGAGAGAGAGAGAAAACAGAUCUGGAGGCCGCAGUGCUGGGUGGAGAGAGAGAGAAAACAUAGAUCUGGGGGCAGCAGUGCUGGGUGGAAUUGUCGAGGCUGUGGCAUGUUGGGUUUCUCUCUCUUUUCUCCUUUGAUUAUGUAAGAGCUGUUUCAUUUUAACUUAUUAUGGUGAUUAUACAGGCAAGAAGACAAAAAGGAGAGAAAAUGUACCUCUUCUACUGGAAUAAUGUUUAUGAUUACAAGUGAGAUACGGUAUUUUUAUCAAUAUGAAGGCAACCUUGGCUGAUGUAACCUCUAUAGUGAAUACUCACCUCUUUACUUCACUCACUAUCAAUAAUAAAUAUAUUUUCUGACAAAGACUGGCA